AAACUUAAUUAAAAAUAAUCAUAAAACAAUUGGUUCAUUAAAAACUAAUAAUAUUCAUAACAUAUAUUAUCGAUGUUUUGAUGAGUUGAAACUAUUGGGUUCGGGAAGCUUUGGAUCGGUUUUUAAAUGCGAAUAUAAAUUAUAUAAUACAAUUGAAGCAAUAAAAAUAAUUAAAUUACCAGAAAAAAGUUUAACAAACGAUAUUUAUUUAAAAGAAAUUGAAAAAGUGACUAAAAUAACGGCUGAAUAUUUAGUCAAUGUAUUUGGAGUUUGGAAUUAUGAUAAUUGUAUAUAUAUUUCAAUGGAAUAUUGCUUAAUGAGUUUGAAAGAGGCCAUCAAAUUAAAAGCACAGGUAUUUAACAGACAAUCAUCAGAUGAACCCAUGGAUUGUAUGGAGUAUUACAUUACGUGUGAACUGCUAUUAGAAGUGUUAGAAUGUGUCCGAUAUUUGCAUGAAUUGAAACCACCGGUCAUUCACAGGGAUAUCAAACCCGAUAACAUAUUGAUUGCCGACGAUAUCAGAAACGGACGGUUCAUUAAGUUAUGUGAUUUAGGAUUUAUAACAGUUCACGAAAUGGUAUCACAGAGUCAUACGUCAGGUGUGGGAAGUCCUAAAUAUAUGGCACCCGAAGUCAUAAGUGGUCGCAAAUAUGACACCAAAGCUGAUGUCUAUAGUAUUAGUGUUAUUAUUGAAGAGUUGUUCGAUACGAAUGUCAAUGAUUCACGCGAUAAAUAUAUUAAACACGAGUGGAGUAAUAAAUAUUGUAAACUAUUAGAUGUUAUUAAUGAGUCAAUGAAACCCAUAUAUGAUGAGAGACCUACCUGUGCCGAGAUUAUUGAACAAUACAAUGAAUGGGCUAUUGAUAGCACUGUUGUUACAUCUGAUAUCAAGAUUGAUGAAAAACUAGAGAAAAUAAAACACAAAGAAAGGGAACUCCGUUCAGAAGAUAGGGAUUCAGAUAUUGAAAGGUUUUAUAUAUAUGACGAUGAACUGGGAGUUAAUGUACUGUUUGUUACUACCGAUGAUCGAGUUUAUGGAUUGGGUGCUAAUUAUUACGGAUCACUGGGUUUGGGACACAACCAGUGGGUGAGUGAACCACAAGAGAUCAUUGAAUUGAGACAUAAAAAUUGUGGUCUAAAUGUAUGGGGAGAGUUGGGUAAUGGUUGUAGAGAUUUUGAAACUAAUAAACCAAUGAUUGUUAAAAUUAAUGAUUUAAUACUUGAUGUAAGUUGUGGUUCAUAUCAUACAUUAGUUGUAACACAAAAUAAUAAUAAUAAUGAAGUCUAUGGUUGGGGUAAAAAUAAAUUCGGACAAAUCGGUAGCCGAGACACCACUUGUGAUUCAAUUACUUUACCCGAAAAAAUUGAAUUCAAUGGCGAUUAUUGUAUAAAAUGUGUUCAAUGUUUUGAACAAUCAUCGUUUGCAUUGACAAUGGAUGGACAGGUAUUUAGUUGGGGUCAAAAUCGUAGCCAACAAUUAGGACUUAAUAUUAGCAACGAUUUUAUAGUUAAACCACAAUUGAUAUGCAAUUUGUCUGGUAUUACAUCCAUACAAUCGGGUUCAUUGAAUACAUAUUUUAGUAGUCAUUAUAAUAAUCAAGUAUAUUUUUGCGGUCAAUAUUACACUAAUAAUAAUAAUAAUAUAAGUGAUAUACAAUUGAUACCAAAAUUAUUGGGAACUUUCCAUGAAUUUUCUAAUAUUCAAUCAAAUUUUUACAUAUAA